AUGGCUGAACAUCUCCAUGCCCGUAACGAUGCCUUGAAGACCAACGGCUUCACUUUCAAUGGUAUCAGUACCCAGAUCAACAUCACCCCACGAGGUUCCGACUGGUACUUCACCGUCUGUGCUGUCAUGACAGUUUCCUCUAUCAUCUUUGUCGGAAUGGGAUUUAGGAAGCCUCGAACCCACCGCGUCUUCCACUACAUCACCGCGUCUAUCACCAUGGUUGCAGCCAUCGCAUACUUCACCAUGGGUGCCAACCUGGGCUGGGCUCCCACCGAAGUCGAGUUCCAUCGCCGAGACCACGAGGUUGCAGGCAACUAUCGCGAGAUUUUCUACGUUCGAUACAUCGACUGGUUCAUUACCACCCCUCUACUUCUCAUGGAUCUCCUCCUCACCGCUGGCAUGCCUUGGCCUACUGUUCUUUAUGUCAUCCUUGUUGAUGAGAUCAUGAUUGUCACUGGUUUGGUCGGCGCUUUGGUCACCACCUCGUACAAAUGGGGAUACUUUACUAUUGGAUGCGUCGCUCUGGUCUACAUUGUCUACCAACUUGCCUGGGAAGCUCGAAUUCACGCCAACCAUGUCGGACCUGAUGUUGGCCGAGUCUUCCUCUGGUGCGGUUCUCUGACUGCCGUCGUCUGGAUCCUCUACCCAAUUGCCUGGGGUGUCUGCGAGGGUGGUAACCUUAUCUCUCCUGACUCUGAGGCCGUCUUCUACGGUAUUCUCGACAUCAUCGCGAAACCUGUGUUUGGAGCGAUUCUACUCUUUGGUCAUCGCAACAUCGACCCUGCUCGUCUUGGACUGCGAAUCCGAGAUGUCAACGAGCGAAUCGUUCCAGAGGGUCCCAACGUCAAGCCUGGACAGCAGCGAAAUGCCGGCAAUGUCAACGCCCCCGAGGGCUCGACCUCUGCUUAA